CGUCAACUCAUGGUGGGCUAUAAAAGUGCCGGGCAGCUGGACAGCGUCACACAAUCGCCACCAUCCUCAAGCCGUAAGCAAUGAUCAACGCAAUUUUGGUGCUCUGUCUCCUGUUGGGCAGCUGGACUCAGGCAGCCCAGGUGGUCAAGGAGAAGGAUCUGGCCGAACAGCAGGAUCUUCCUCGCUUGGCUGGCAUCUAUGUGAAGGAUGGCAACGAGAAUGGGCAGCUAAGAUUCCUUGGCUCAGGACUCACCAGCAGCAGCAGCACCAACACCAACAGCGGCCUCAACUCGGCCAUCAAUCAGUACAUAACCAAUAAGCAGGACAUACUGGAGCAACUGCGUCCCACGGGCACAUCAUCAGUUACUGGUACUGGAUUAGUGACUGGAACAACUACUGGAACUACUGGAACUUUGGGAACUACAACUGGAUCUGGUGUGGUGACCACCACCUCGAACGGUGCCAUCUAUGUGAAUCUUGGCAACUCGGGCUCAUCAUCCUCGAGCUCCUCAUCAUCGUCCACGUCGGCCACCAAUUCGGCCAUCAAUCAGGCCAUCUACGGUUCCUCGCCUAUAGGUGAUCUGUUGCCACAGAUCGUGGGCCAGGCUGUGGCCGGACGUAGGCGUCCGGUUAACAGGAGGCGUGUGCCUGCCGGCAAUAGGCGUAGGGUUAACAAGAGGCGUGGCGCCGUUAACAACAACCAGAUCCAGCGACGUCGGCGACGUGGCAACAACAGGGGCAAGAACAAGGCACAGGUGAUGGUUGUGCGUCCGAAUCGCGGUUGA